AUGGCGUAUGGCUUGCCAAGAAGGAACACAGUGCAAACCAUUCUGAAGGGCAGUUGUUAUAAAGUACAGGAACCAUGGGACCUUGCAGAGCUCACAAAGACCUGGUACACAAACUUAGUGAACAUCAGGUUGCCGUUCUUGGGAGAAAUUGCUUUUGGUAGUCCUGUGAAGCUCAAGUUAUGCAAAACUGUCAAGGAUGGCCUGCUCCCUUCAGCACAAACCAUCAAACUUGAAAAUGAGUAUGAAAAAAAGCGCCUAACAAAGCUGAAGUGUCGGGAGAAAGCGUGCGAGGAAAUCCAGGCUUCACUAAGGCACCAGAGAGCCGGCUUGCGGACACCACUUCAGCCUAAGUGA